CUUCUUUCUGCGCGUGGCUGAUAAAAACCCUAAUUUGCUCAAUACCUUACUUUCUUUCUUUCUCUCCCUCUCUCUGUUUUCCGCCAUUGAAGAGAAGACCUUAACUCUGCGUUGCUUGCGUUUAUGGCAACAGAGCGGGAGGAGAUUCGCUACGAAGGAGGAAGAGGUGGGAAGUUUCAGAAGAGGCCUGUCAGGAGGUCGCAUACGACGCCGUAUGAUCGGCCGCCGACUGCUCUGAGGAACUCUGCUCGGAAAGGAUGGGUCUCCACGCUCGUCGAUCCGGCGCAGAAGUUCAUCACCUCCAGUGCCCACAGGCUGUUUUCUACUGUGUUUCGUAAACGCCUUCCUCCACCGCCGCCGUCAUUGCCACUUUCGCGAGAGGGCAAUGAUGAGACGGAAAAUAAGAAUCAGGAAGAAGUUGCAGCUGAUCCUCCUGGCACUCAAGAAGGCACUAAUCCUGGUUUUGUUCCAAGCAUCAGUUCUAAUAACACACACCGGGUGACUGACCUUGAGCAAAUUUUGAAGGAGAAGACCUUUACAAGAUCCGAGAUUGAUCGCUUGACUGAACUUCUGAAUUCAAGAAUUGUCGAUGUUCCAAGUGGGGUUGAAGAGAGGAAAUUUGAACUGGUCCCUUCAACGCCCAUUAUCAGUUAUGGGAGACAUGAAGAAUCUCAAAAAAGUCCAGCUCAAGAUGGAGUUAGCACUCACAUGGUUUCAACUCGUGUUAUGAGUGCAAAUGUCCUUGAUGAAGAUGUCGCUUCACCUGCAGAGAUUGCAAAAGCAUACAUGGGCAGCAGGCCUCCAAAAGCAACUCCAUUGAAUAUGGCGGCAAGUCAAAAACUUGUGGAUAGUUUCGCUUCUGGCGAUCUUUCGAACUCCUCUACUUUAUCUCUUGUGCCAAGGCCCUCUGGCAAUGUUGACGUUAUUGAUAAUGGUUUUGUCACUCCAAGACCUCGAGGCAGAUCUGCUCUUUAUAGUAUGGCUCGAUUGCCAUAUUCUAGAGUUCGUGCAACCUCUAGCAUAAAGAAUACUGUAGCCACUACAGAUGCUUACAGGGCAGCGCCAUCAUCAUCAUCAUCUCAAUCAGCAUGGGAGCAAGGGAGACUUGUGGGGUCUAAUCAAGGGGCUUUAAAACGCAGGAGUUCAGUGUUAGAUAAUGAAAUGGGAUCUGUUGGUCCUAUUCGCAGAAUUCGCCAGAAAUCCAAUCUUGUUUUCUCAAAAGGUUUGAGUUUACCAAUUUCAGGCAGUUCCACAUCUAUUUCCGUAAGCGGAAUUGGUUCUGAGACUGCUCAACGUUUUCAGUCUACAAAGGUUCAUCAGUUGCCAUCUUCUGCUGGGAAGGCACUUUAUUCGAAUGAAACCAAGUGUAAUUUGUCCAAAAUGUCUGCAGAGUUUGAAAAUGAUAUGUCUCCUAGUUCAAGUUUUCCUCGAAUUCCCCUCAGGUCAAGUGAGAUGGCCUCAAAAAUAUUGGAGCAGCUUGAUAAAUUAACCCCUCCAAAGGAAAAAUCUUCUGAAGCAAAGCUGUUUGUGAGGAAUAACUCACCCAUGAAGUUGUCACCAUCAAUGUUGCAUGGGCCAGCUCUUAGAAGCCUGGAAGAUGUAGAUUCAUCGAAGUAUUUGGAAAAUGUUAAAGGCAUUCCGUCUAAUGAUGCCCAGGAUCUUACUUCUCAAAGAAAUGACAAGGUUGAGGAAAGUAGUUCGUUAAAAUUUAAAGCACCUAAAGAUAAAUCUAUUGCUACAAGUGAUGGUAUGGUUUCUUCAGUGCCUACCAAGGUUGCCGCAUCCAGUUCUGGUCUGCCAGUUUCAUCUGUUGCCCCUUCCUCACAAACAAAAUGGGCUUUCCAGAUGAGUGCACAUGAGGAUUUUGUGGAUAUGGAGGAGGAAGGAUAUUCUAAUGGGCCAGCAACUGAUAUAUCAAGUGGGAGGCGAGAAAAAGUUGAUGGCCCAUUAGUGGCGGUGAGCAAACCAAGUGAUACUGAUACCACUGCCGCAGAUAAAUCUCAGGCUUCAAUUCAUGUUAAACCGUCAUCUGAAAUGAACAAAAUCACUGACCUAGGAAAAUCUGAUGCUCCUGCGACUACUGAAAAGAGCCCCAUCUUUUCCUUUUCGGCAGCAUCUCCACCUAGUAUUACAGCCAGUGUGGUUGAUCCUGAAUUAGCCUCGAGAUCUGAAAAAAUUGUUUCAUCUGAAAUACCAAAAGCAGCUACUGCUCCUUUAUUUGGCUUUGGAGAUAAGUCGCCAAUACAGAAGGAAUUGAUUACCUCUGCCCCCACCUUUGCGUUUGGAAACAAUGUUACCACCCCAACAAAUAAACAAAAUGUUGUUUCUGAUGUGGCUUCUGAAGGCAAUGUUGCACCAACUCAACCAGCUCCUGUUUCUACCACAUUUAAAUUUGGUGAUAAAGCUACAUUUCCUAUUUCAGGAAAUGCUGUUACAGAAAAUGGAAAUAAGAAUUCAGGGUCUCCGUUUAAGUUUUCAUCACCUCUAGUUGAUGAAAAAGAAAGUGCUAAAGUAGGCAGUGCUUCAAUUUUUAAAGCAGAGAGUUCUUUCAGCAUCCCAUCAUUUGCAGUUUCAAAAGAAUCUAUGUCGGAUAAAGUCGAUAAUAAGAGUUUGAGCACUGGCCUGACAGUUAGUACAUCUGAAAAUGUGUUUCUCUCAUCUGUGUCAACCUCAACACCAACUCCGAGUGUAUUUUCUUUUAGCUCGCCUAGCACUACUUCAAAUCUUAAUAAUGGAUCUCUUGCUCCUACCCCAUCUAUUUUUUCUUCCCCAGUUACCUCUUUCGCUAAUAAUAUAACAAAUCAGAAUUCAUCCAUCAAACCCUCUCUCCCUGCUGCCACUAGCAGUAGUGAAACCAUCACCUCUACUGGUCUUUCUACGUCUGCUCCUAUGCCUUCUUUUCCAGCUGCACCGAUUUUCAAAUUUGGAAGCUCUAGUGUUCCUUCAACUUCCACUUCAACUAUGUCGGCCCUGACUGGAGUUGGUUCUGUUGAAACCAAAACCACGCAGGUGACAACAACCUUUGGUAAUUUAAGUGGCAUUCCUCCUAGUGAGACCUUGGCUAAAGCGUCAAGUACUGGAAGUAGUGUUUUUCAAUUUGGAGCUGCAUCUACUACUUCGGAUUCUAAUAAACGACCAGAAAAUUCAACUUUUCUUCCAGGAAAUGUACCUGCAUUUGGCGCUGCGGUUUCGUCUGCUACUAGUGGGGUUGCAGCUUCAACUCAGACGCCCGUUAUGCAGUUCAGUUCAUCAUCUACUUCAUUUGGAUUGGCUGGAAACACAGGCUUGUCUUCUGGCAGUUCUCUGUUUGGUUCUUCAGCUCCAGCAUCUAAUUUGUUCAGUUCAGGUGCUGGUUUCGGGCUCGCAUCCUCAAGUUCUGCUGCUAAUAAUUCUAAUAGCUCUGGUUCUGGUAUGAGUUCUAGUUUCUUCAAUUGGCAGCCAUCCUCCGCUCCAUCAUUCUCUACAGGGUUCAACUCGACUCCAACGGGAGGAUUCUCCUUCGGGCUCACAUCAUCUUCUGCUGCGUCUAACAGUGCACCUGCGCUCUUUGGAUCAUCGGCCGGUGCAUCAACAGCGGGUAUUUUCUCAUUUACUUCAGCUGCAACCGCUGCAUCAUCACAGCCUGCUAUUGGUAAUUCUAAUCAUGCCUUUACGUUUGGUUCAACCCCCCCUGCUAAUAAUGAUCAAGCAAGUAUGGAGGAUAGCAUGGCUGAGGAUACCGUUCAGGCAGUCGCGCCGACAACGCCGAGUUUCGGUCAACAGCCCCUCACACCACCUCCAUCAUCAGGGUUUGUGUUUGGUUCAACAACUACUCCAUUAGCAGCAAAUCCUUUCCAGUUUGGGGGCCAGCAAAAUGUACCUACCCCACAAAAUCCUUCUCGAUUUCAGGCUUCUGGUAGCUUAGACUUCAAUGCCAGUGCUGGAGGGAGCUUCUCGUUGGGUGCUGGCGGUGGCGAUAAAGCUAACCGGAAAUACGUGAAAGUUAAAAGCAAAUCGCGAAAGAAGUAGGAGCAACCGAGGCAAAAGGUACUCGGUUUUUUCGUGUUUCUAUAUCCUGGUUAUUUUGAUCUAUUACCAUCUCUGUCCCAACGAUGACUAGAAAGAAGAGAGAGCGGAGAUAUCAUUUGUCACCUGGAUUGUUCGAUUUCAACAUAUGGGGUAAACGAGGAAGCGUCGAGCCGAGAAUUGGUGGUUCUGUUUCCUCAUUGGGUUGGCAAAAUUUUUCGUGGUAUGGCUGGGAAGCAUAUAAAUUCACAAAUUUUGUACUAGCUUAGAACAAAUUUGGAAGAAAACUUUUGUGUACUAGUAUAGUAGUCAGUCUGUCAAUGUUUCAGGUAAGAUUUGUGUGGUAUGGACUCAGUUUUCCUGUAAUCUGUUAUUUGUAACAUAAGAAAGGAAAUAUAUGCUGUUGUCCAAGGAAAGCAUCAUUUGUUGCUCUCCUCAUUCUUCUUUUC